CACUUCCCUGCCUAUGCGGCCGGACUGCCGUGCCUCAACCCGAGCAGAGACAGCCGGCUUCGAGGCACCCCCCAGAGCUUUUCUUCCGACACCCUUAAAAUAAUUACUUAUUAGUAAUAAGUGGAUUUGCUUUUGCUUUUGUUGGUUUUCUAUAUAUUUUUUUAAGAGAAAAAAAAGUAACAAUAAGCAAAACCUCUUGCUGCUUUCUGUGUGGAAUAAACACCUGCAAACUCCCCCAGGCAGCCCGGCGCCCCUGCCAUGGAUUCCUUUAAAGGUGGAAUGAAUUUGGAGAGACUGCCCGAGAGCUUGAGACCCCAACCCUCCCAUGACAUGGCUUCCAGCUUCCAUUUGCAAAGAUCCUCGGAACCCAGAGACCCGAUCGACAACUCAGCCAGUGAAUCCUCCGACACGGAGGUGCCAGAAAAGGAGCGUAGCGGCGAGCAGAAGAACGAGGACGGGGCCGCCGACGACCCGGCAAAGAAGAAGAAGCAGCGGCGGCAGCGGACCCACUUCACCAGCCAGCAGCUGCAGGAGCUGGAGGCCACUUUCCAGCGGAACCGCUACCCCGACAUGAGCAUGAGGGAGGAGAUCGCCGUGUGGACCAACCUCACCGAGCCCCGAGUCCGGGUCUGGUUCAAGAACCGCCGAGCCAAGUGGAGAAAGCGGGAGCGGAACCAGCAGAUGGACCUGUGCAAGAACGGUUACGUGCCGCAGUUCAGCGGGCUGAUGCAGCCCUACGACGACAUGUACGCCGGGUACCCCUACAACAACUGGGCCACCAAAAGCCUCACCCCGGCGCCGCUCUCCACCAAGAGCUUCACCUUCUUUAACUCCAUGAGCCCCCUCUCCUCCCAGUCCAUGUUCUCGGCUCCCAGCAGCAUCCCCUCCAUGAACAUGCCCUCCGGUAUGGGCCACUCGGCCGUGCCGGGCAUGGCCAACUCCGGCCUCAACAACAUCAACAACAUCAGCGGGUCCUCGCUCAACUCGGCUAUGUCCUCCCCGGCCUGCCCCUACGGGCCACCGGGCUCGCCCUACAGCGUCUAUCGGGACACUUGCAACUCCAGCUUAGCCAGCCUCAGACUGAAAUCAAAGCAGCACUCCAGCUUCGGCUACAGCAGUUUGCAAAGCCCCGGCUCUAGUCUAAACGCCUGUCAGUACAACAGUUGACGGACUUGACACAAACCACCUCCGACAAAACAUCGCCGACAAAGC